GAAAUCCCAAUUGAGUUCGCAGUUUCACACAGUACUCUCCAGAAAUGAAGUUCUCCAAACCAACCAGCUCUUAGAUCAAUUGGCAGGGUGCUGAUCCAGCUUAAAUAGAGGUCUCGGGUUCGAGACCCUGUAUAUGCAAUCGCCUUAAAAGGGCUGAUUGGUAGAGGUUGCCUUCCGAAAGGGACCUACCCGCCUCGAGUCCGGAUUAGUCAGCGGUCAGUCGACACCAAUGGGUGUAACGAUAGCGGCAAAAAAGGUUAAAGAAGUUGUCCAAUACAGGCGGUCAGUCGACACCAAUGGGUGUAACGAUAGCGGCAAAAAAGGUUAAAGAAGUUGUCCAAUACAGGAAGAAAUGCUGGUGCUUCCAAUAAUCCAACCUCGAUUAUGGGUCUUCCUUUUGCCACAAUGGUUGAGAUUCUUUCAAGGCUUCCAGCCACAACAGUUUUGGCCUGUAAGUGCGCUUGCAAGAUCUGGUACGAAUACAUUUCAAACCCUGAGUUCGGUAAGGUUUAUAUGAAAAACCCUCCCUUCGUUAAUGUUGUUACGUUUUCUGAUGGUCAUGAUUUUAGUUUCCACGAAUUGAAACCUGAUGUUGAUUUUACUCUGGAGUUAAAUCGUCCUAGGAUUUUACAAAAACCAAAUCUGUUGCCUAGUGGGUGGGAAUAUGUUGCCGGUGCUAGUCAUGGGUUACUCUGUAUCAGGCAUUGUUUUGAUCUGAGCAUAUGGUGACAGGGGAAUGUGCUCUGCUUCCUGAGCCAAAAUUGGUGACAAAUGUCGAAUGGGGCGCUUUGCUAUUUGAGUUUAGUGAGAUAACUAAAGAGUAUAAAGUGGUUAGGAUUUUUACUAGGAAUAAUUGGAGUCUUGGAAGAAAUGAAGCUUCCAUUUGCACGGUUGGCACCGAUAAAGGUUGGAGGGUUCUAAACCAAACCAUCCCUUUACCCGGUGGCGAGGAAUGGCGGAUUUGUGAAGUGAACCUUAAUGGUGCUCUUCAUUGGAUAUCCGAAAAUUCGUAUUUGGGAAACCGCCUCUUUUCUUUCGACAUUGGCGAAGAAAAGUUGCAUCCGGUUCCACAACCGCUUGGAGAGUUUAUAAGAACUCGCCACAACGCUUUGGCGGUUUUGAAGGGGUGUCUUUGUAUCUGUCAAUUGUCUAGCUGUUUUGAGUUGGAUAUCUGGUGGAUGAAGGAAUAUGGAGCGUUGAAAUCAUGGACUAAGGAGACUAUUGCUAUUAGCCGUAACCUGUACCAGCCAAAUUACCCUAAUCCUGUUCUUUUCUGGAAGGGUCAAGAAAUACUCUUGUGUGGUGGCUAUAGUAACUUGGUUUCAUAUGAUACAGAAAAAAAGAGUUUCACUAAGGUCAGUAUUUCAGUCGAUGAUCCUCCUCGCAGUGGCAAUGCGAUUCUCCAUGUACCAUGCUUCCUUUCUUUGAAGGAUUUGAUCAAGAGUAGGCAAAAUGUAAUGGAUGCUUAGUAGUCAAGUACCGGUUAGCAUUCAUCAAACCAGCAAUAUUUAGAAAUUUUGGUGGGGAGGUGGUGAAAACACUUGUGAAGGAGAUGGAAACCAGCAAAAAUAUAUACCUGCAUUAUGUUGAUUUGGUUAUUGCCGGUCUUCAUGAGCAGGCAUUGUUGAGUAUGUUUGCACAGUGUUGUAC